UGCGGACCACACCAUGGCUAAACUGCUGACACUGUUCACACUUCUCCUGUGUGUUGCCACCUUGGCUCAUGCGCAGUUUGGCCAGGGCGGUUUCGGCCGUCCUGGCGGAGGUUUCGGGAGGCCCGGUGGUGGUGGCGGCUUUGGCCCUGGAGGAGGUGGCGGCUUUGGCCCUGGAGGAGGUGGCGGCUUCGGCCCUGGAGGAGGUGGCGGCUUCGGCCCUGGAGGAGGUGGCGGCUUCGGCCCUGGAGGAGGCGGCGGCUUUGGCCCUGGAGGAGGUGGUGGCUUCGGCCCUGGAGGAGGCCGUCCUGGUUUCGGCGGUGGCGGCUUCGGACCCGGACGCUGACGCGGUUUUGGCGGCUGAACGAUGCACCUGCACCAGCUACAGCUCUCCACAAACUACUUCACUUCUUCAUUUCAGCUGACUUGUGCGCAAUUUAACUGUGAAUAAAGCAUAAUAAUCAUCA